AUGUGGUGGAUGCUACCGCUUUGGUUGAACGUGCUGCUGGGCCUGCUGGCCAUCCUUGCGGGCCUCACGUACGCCUUUUUGACCAGCCAGUUCGACAAUUGGAAGAAGAAGGGUGUUAAGUAUGAACCUGGUGUGCCCUUUUUCGGCUCGCUGAUGCGCGCUAUGACUCUGAAGGAGCACAUGAUGGAAAAUUUGGAUUACAUUUACAAGAAAUUCGAAGGCGAAAAGUUUGUCGGUUUCUUCCAGGGCAAAAGGGCAUCUUUGUUGGUCAGAGACCCUGAACUGAUCAAAAAUAUAAUCGUCAAAGAUUUCGCCCACUUCUAUGACCACGGAUUUAAGAUUAACGAGGAAGCGGAUCCUAUGGAAGCGAAGAAUCUUUUCAAUCUGGAAGGACACAAGUGGAAGGUUAUGAGGAGUAAAUUGUCACCGACCUUCACCUCCGGAAAAAUUAAAUUAAUGACACCUCUGAUGGAAGAAGUCGGCCAGAACUUACAGAAAAACCUGACCGAUCUGUCCAUGAGCGGGAGAGCUGUCGAAAUGAAGGAUCUAUCCUCUCGAUACACAGUGGAUGUAAUUGGAAGUUGCGCUUUUGGAAUCAAUUGCAACUCAAUUGACAAUCCCAACUCUGAGUUAAAGGUUAUGGGGAAAAAAUUGAUCCACAUGGAUGCCUGGAGGGCCAUUAAGGCCUUUAUCAUUAUGUUUUUACCAGAGAUCGGUAUCAAGUUGAGAUUAGCUUUCAUCAACGAAGAAUUGACAAACUUUUUCCGCCGGUUGGUAAAGGACGUGAUGGAGCUGAGGAAGAAAACGAAAGAGAUCCGUAAAGACUUCAUUCAAUUGUUGAUCGAACUGAAAGAAAAAGGAAGUGUGUCGGUCGACACCACCGAAGACGAAAAGGAGAUAAAACAGCAGAACGGAUUCGCUUUACCUCCGCAGGACGAGUCUCAGACCCUGACUGACGACGACCUGACUGCCCAGGCAGUGGUCUUUUUCCUCGCUGGCUUUGAAACGUCAUCAACAUUGAUUUCGUUUUCCUGUCUUGAGCUGGCAACCAACCCUGACGUACAGAGAAAACUCCAGGAUGACAUCGACCGAGCCCUGAGCAACCACAAUGGGAAACUCACCUACGAUGCCCUAAAGGAGAUGAAGUAUUUGGACGCCGUCAUCCAAGAAUCGUUGCGCAAGUAUCCACCGGCAGGAAAUCUGAUGCGCAUCUGCACCAAAAACUACAUCAUUCCCGGCACCAAUGUACAGAUUGAAGAGGGAACACCAGUUAUCAUCCCAACUUUCUCCAUCCAAAACGAUCCAAAAUAUUUCCCUAAUCCUGAAGCUUUUGAUCCUGAUCGUUUCUUGGAAGAAAACGCCCUGCACAAGUACCAAUACCUGCACAUGCCUUUCGGAGAAGGACCUCGCCAGUGCAUUGGCAACCGCUUUGCUCUCGUUCAGUCGAAAAUGGGUCUGGCCUCGAUUUUCAGCAAAUUUGAAGUGACAUUAGCUAAGGAAACGAAGUACCCUCCAGUAAUCGAUCCGCAACAAUUUGUGCUGGCCGUAAAGGGUGGCGUUUGGGUGCAUGUCAAAGCCCGCAGUGAAGAGGCGACGCAUAAAAUGAUCUGGUCCUUGUCGCUCUGGCUCAUCGUGCCUUUGGGCCUGUGGGUCGUUUUUCUGGGACUGCUCUAUUACUUCCUUACUUCGAAUUUUGACCAUUGGAAGAAAAGAGGUGUCAGAUAUGAAAAGGGCUUACCCUUUUUUGGCUCACUUUUCUCGGCCAUGACCUUGCGGGAGCACAGAAUCAUAUGCAUCGACAAAAUUUAUAAAAAGUUCAGCAAUGAGAGCAUUGUGGGAUAUUUUCAGGGAAGACAGCCGGCUCUUCUCGUCAAUGAUCCUGAGCUGAUCAAGAGUAUUGUCGUUAAGGAUUUCGCUCAUUUUCAUGAUCACGGUCUGCAGCUUGAUGAAGAACUAAACCCAUUGGUGGCGAAGAAUCUGUUCAAUUUGGAAGGACACCGAUGGAAGGAGAUGAGAAGUAAACUCUCUCCAACAUUUACAUCAGGAAAAAUAAAAAUGAUGACGCCGCUCAUCGCUGAAGUUGGCAAAACACUGCAGACAUUUUUGGCAAAUACUGCCAAUAAAUCAGAUGGUAAAGUCAACAUUAAGGAAGCUGCGGUGAGCUAUACAACUGACGCGAUUGGCACUUGCGUUUUUGGCGUGCAGUGCAAUUCAAUAGAGAACCCAAACACUACCUUCAUGGCCAUGGGCAAAAAGUUAGUCGAUUUCAAUUUUCUGAGAGGAAUCAAGACGCUCUGUAUUAUUUUUGUGCCGGAGGUUGCAAAAUUGCUCAAAUUCGAGUUUAUUGAGAAGGAUUUGACCAAUUACUUCCGUAAUAUGGUCAAGGAGAUGAUGGAGAGCAGAAGGAAAACGGGACAAAUGCGAAAAGACUUUCUACAGCUGCUGAUUGAACUGAAGGAUAAGGGCUCAAUUUCGGUAGACAAUGCCGAGGACGAAUACGAGAGCAGACAACUAGGUGGAUUUGAAGAAGACCAACGUGCCUCAACAAGUACAGAGCUUAUUUCCCACGAUGACUUGACUGCUCAAGCAACCAUUUUCUUCCUGGCUGGUUUUGAAACUUCAUCAACAAUAAUUUCCUUUGCGUGCUUGGAGCUAGCACUAGAUUAUCAAUGCCAGCAACGAGCUCAAGCCGAAAUCGACCAGGUCUUGAGCAAACACGGCGGCAGCCUAACUUUUGAUGCGCUGAAAGAAAUGGUUUACCUCGAUUGCAUUAUCCAAGAAACGCUGCGAAAGUAUCCUCCGACUGGUGCAUUGCUGCGGAUUUGCACCAAAAACUACAUCAUACCAGGCACCAACGUACACGUUGAUAAAGGAACUCCAAUCAUGAUCCCAAUAUACUCGAUCCAAAACGAUGCCAAGUACUUUCCGGAGCCGGAGAGGUUUGACCCUGGCCGUUUCAGCGAUGACAACGCACUGCACAAACUGCAAUACCUACACAUGCCUUUUGGAGACGGACCGCGACAUUGCAUAGGGAUGAGAUUUGCUCUGGUUCAAAUCAAAGUAUGCCUAGCGUCAGUCCUGAGCAAAUUUGACGUCUCGCCUAGCAAAGAAACAGUUUAUCCACCGAAAAUUGAUCCCAAGAGACCGAUUAUUAGUGCUUUGGGAGGAGUCUACGUGAAUUUGCAGGAGCGUAAAUAAGUUCAUAUCGUGCGGAUGUCAUCUACCUGGAAAAUAUUUGUGUAAAUAAAGUCAGUCGUUUGAAUUGCAA